CUGCCAUUUGCUGGACAACCAGAUCAUUACUAGUGCUACGAACGAUUAGUUCACACAAAAGAAUACAUACAUAGUCUGAAUACGAGUAUUUACAUUUUAACAUACGUUCAGCAACACACAAUUAAAUGGCGAUUAGCUUGUCAUUUAUUUAUCUCCCGCUUCUAGUGGCAUUUCUUUUCGAUUCCGCAAGCUCAAUUAAUUGUGACAAAAAAAGAGAUAAUGUACAAUAUACCAUCAAACAACAUUUGUUCUGCAAUGGAUAUGAUCCAAAGAUACGACCAGCUAAAAGUGAAUUUGACUCAAUCAAUAUAACUACGUAUGCAGUUUUAUAUAGUUUCGAUAUUAGUGAAUACAGAAGCGUCAUGAGUCUUCAAGUGAAUUAUUACAUGCAUUGGCAAGAUUCCUCCUUAGCCUGGGACGCAUCGGACUGGUCCAACAUUACUACACUGAAUAUCAACAACGAUGAAAUUUGGUCCCCUCAGUUUGAAAAUAUUAAUUCAGAUUAUGAAGGACAACCAUCUGUAUCCUGUUUGAGCCCGGACUGUUUGCUACACGAAGAUGGAGGUAUUUCUUGUUCGCCAGUCUGCAGAAUCUCUGCAAAGUGCUCGUCCGACUACACACGCUGGCCGUUCAACACACUAGUUUGUCGAAUGUGGUUCACAAAUCGAGAUAAAGAACUCGUAGAUGAAGUUAACUUUUUACCUGUCAUUACAUAUUUGCCGUCAAAUCAUCAUUUACCUACAACUAAGUGGUGUGUUACCAGUGUUUCAUCCAAUAAAACACAGUUAAGCAUUCCAGGAGCUACCAGCCGCACAGUGGAGGAGUUGGAAUUCAACUUGGAACACAGUCCUCACCUCACAAUUGCAAUAAUCUAUCUUCCUGCUUUUGCUCUCAGCAUGUUGAAUAUGUUUGUCUGUCUGUUGGAUUCCCGCGUCAAAGAGAAGAUUGUCAUCCCCUUAAUUUGUAUGGUUUUUCAUUUCCAACUACUCCAACAAAUGAGAAACCCUACCCCUGAAAUUCCUGGAGUAGUAUUGUUUAUUAUUGCUUCGAUGAUACUGACGUUCCUGUUAUUUGUGAUAACGUUGAUUAACCGCUGGUUGCAUGAUCUGCAAUCAACUCCGCCAAACAUUGCCAUACGGUCGAUGAGAGCUAUCUUAUCCAGCCGUGUGAUGAAUUGGAUUCUUAAAGUAGACUAUCUAAGCGUCGGGCAAAAGGUAAUGAUUACAACUAUGUCUUUGAAAUCAAAUAAAACCGUGCAAUUCUUUCAGGCAUGUACAAUUAUUAACAACGAUGAAAGACUGACCCUGGACUGGGUAAUGUUUGUGAAACUAGUGGAUCGUUUUAUUUUAGCUGCUUAUGUUAUAAUUUAUCUACUACUUUUCUGGAUAUACAUUCCAUUACAACACACUCACAAUCGAUAUGAUGAGUCUGGUGGGAGAGUGUGCGCUAAUUAAAAUAUGUGUUCAAUGAAUAAAAAAUAAAAAUAAAGUAUUUAUGAAGCACAAAAUCUACAGUAUAGGCAGACGUAGGCGCGAGACCGUGAUCGGUUUCGGACACUCCUGAGGCAGGCCAAGACCGCAAAGCGGUUGUAGCGCCAGAUAAGUAAGUAAGUAAUUAAAGAAAACCAUUCUUUAGGGGGUUAAGAUACACUUAAUACAUUCGAGAUUUGCUAACCCAUGACUACAUAUCACGGGCUACACCAAGUGCUGAGAUGCAGAAGAUUUCGAGACCACACGAAAUGUGAGAUGUAUCGCAGAUUGUGAGAGUUCGCUUGUGACCAUCGUCGCAACCCAACCGUCUCCGAUGAAGGCGUU